AAAUGUGCGCAUGCCUGGCAGGAGAACACGCCCCUUUGUUAAACAGACGCAGAGCGGAGUUGAACGAUAUGAACAUGGCUGAAGGGGGCGGAGUCAUUAGCAAGUUGGAGUUUGCUGUGCAGAUGACAUGUGACAGCUGCGUCAGUGCAGUCAGGAACAUGCUGGAGGGAGUUUCAGGAAUCCAUUCUGUGGACACUGACUUGGAGAAGCAGACGGUGGUUGUGGACUGCACGUUGCCAUCUCAGCAGGUCCAGGACCUAAUUGAGAACAGCGGACGGCGGGCUGUGCUGAAAGGAAUGGGGUCUUUAGUUGAAGCACAUCUGGGAGCAGCUGUGGCAAUGAUGUCAGGGCAAAAUCAAGUGCAAGGUGUGGUGCGCUUUCUUCAGGUUACGGAGGAUUGCUGUCUAAUUGAGGGGACCAUAGAUGGACUGGAACCAGGGCUUCAUGGGCUUCAUGUACAUGAAUUUGGAGACCUCACCAACAAUUGUCACAGCUGUGGUGAGCAUUAUAAUCCCUUUGGAAAGAACCAUGGUGGACAGAAAGACCUUGAAAAGCAUGCAGGGGACUUGGGAAAUAUCCUUUCUGACAAAGAUGGUAGAGCUACCUUUAGAAUUGAAGAAUAUCAAGUCAAGGUUUGGGACAUAAUUGGUCGCUCAAUUGUAGUGGAUUCUGGAGAAGAUGAUUUAGGUUGUGGGAAUCAUCCCCUUUCUAGCAAAACAGGAAACUCUGGAGAAAGGAUGGCUUGUGGCAUCAUUGCUCGUUCUGCAGGCCUGUUUGAAAACCCCAAAUUAAUAUGCGCAUGUGAUGGUGUCACGCUUUGGGAAGAGCGGGACCGUCCAAUAGCUGGUCCAGGACGCAAAGUUACAAGUUCACUUGCUGCACACCUUUGAGUUUAUGAACUGCAUACAAGACUUUUAGUCUAAAGACUGAAAUAUCAAUAGCAAUCCAAAGAAUGUAAAUUUAAAAAGUGGCCCUGAAGAAAAAUUUCAAUGACAGGAUUUUUGAUACAUUCCAUUACUAUGCCUGAUUAUGCAAACAUGUUUUACAGUCGUAAGGCACAUUUAGAUGCAGAUUUAAAAUGCUGAUUUGAUAGGAGUUCAAAUAAAGUGACAGUAUUUUUUUUUUCCUUAUUCUAAUAUGUAUAUGUAUGUCUCAUUUUAAAGAACAAGUUGUCUAAAAAAAUAAGUGUCAUGCCUUCCUCUGUAACUUUUCACUUCCCUGAGAUGUUACUCAAGGAAAUGUGUUGCAAAUGUAAUUCUCUGCCUGCAAUAUCUGUUGCAGAGCAAAUUAAAAUCCUUAAUUUAUGCUGAAACAUUUCUCUACAUUGUUUUCAUUUGACUUGCUAAAUAAACCAGGAAAUGAAACUGA